AUGGCGGCGGAGGGAGGAGGGAAGGAGAUGAACGAAAUCAAAACUCAGUUCACCACUCGGGAAGGCGUCUAUAAGCUCCUCACGCACUCCGAAUACAGCCGCCCCAACCGGGUGCCUUUCAACUCGCAGGGCUCCAACCCCGUCAAGGUCUCCUUCGUGAACGUCAACGACCAGUCCGGUAACGGGGACCGCAUCUGCUUCAAUGUGGGCCGAGAGCUGUACUUCUACAUCUACAAAGGCGUGCGGAAGGCUGCAGACUUGAGUAAGCCCAUAGACAAGCGCAUCUACAAAGGAACGCAGCCCACGUGUCAUGACUUCAACCACCUGACGGCCACAGCGGAGAGCGUGUCGCUGCUGGUGGGCUUCUCUGCAGGACAGGUGCAGCUCAUAGACCCCAUCAAGAAGGAGACCAGCAAGCUCUUCAACGAGGAGAGACUAAUAGACAAGUCACGAGUCACCUGUGUGAAGUGGGUCCCCGGCUCUGAGAGCCUGUUCCUGGUGUCCCAUGCCAGUGGGAACAUGUACCUGUACAACGUGGAGCACACGUGUGGCACCACUGCUCCUCACUACCAGCUGCUGAAGCAGGGAGAGAGCUACUCUGUGCACACCUGUAAAAGCAAAUCCACACGCAACCCCCUCCUCAAGUGGACUGUGGGGGAGGGGGCCCUAAACGAGUUUGCCUUCUCCCCAGACGGGAAGUUCCUGGCCUGUGUGAGCCAGGACGGCUUCCUGCGGGUCUUUAACUUUGAUGCGGUAGAGCUGCAUGGCACCAUGAAGAGCUACUUUGGAGGUCUGCUGUGUGUGUGCUGGAGCCCUGAUGGCAAGUACAUCGUGGCAGGGGGCGAGGACGACCUGGUCACUGUGUGGUCGUUCAUGGACUGCAGGGUCAUCGCCCGCGGACACGGACACAAGUCCUGGGUAAGUGUAGUGGCCUUCGACCACUACACCACCAGUGUGGAGGAGAGCGAGCCCAUGGAGUUCAGUGGCAGUGAUGAGGACUUCCAGGAUCAGAUGAUCCACUUGGGGCGUGACCGUGCUAACAGCACACAGUCUCGUCUGUCCAAGCGGAACUCUACCGACAGCAGACCGGUCAGUGUCACGUACCGCUUUGGCUCAGUGGGACAGGACACUCAGCUGUGCCUCUGGGACCUGACAGAAGACAUCCUGUUCCCCCACCUGCCUCUCUCACGGACUCGGACUCACACUAAUGUGAUGAAUGCUAGCAGCCCUCCAGGGGGCGCUCCUGUCAUCACCACCACCCCCACCACCACCACCACCACCACCACCAAUGGAAAUAACAGCGGCGCUAACACGCCUGCACUAAACUCUGUGUCCAGCUCCUUGCCACGCUCCAAUAGCCUGCCGCACUCCGCCGCUAACAGCGCUACAGCUAACAGCACCAACAAGGCCAGCGCAGGCUCCGGCACGGGCAUCAUGGACAGUGCCAUUGCCACCGGGGUCAGCAAGUUUGCCACGCUGUCUCUGCACGACCGCAAGGAACGCCACGACAAGGACCACAAGCGCAACCACAGCAUGGGCCACAUCACUAGCAAGAGCAGUGACAAGCUCAACCUGCUAACCAAGAGCAAAACGGACCCGGCCAAGACUCUGGGCACGCUGCUUUGCCCGCGCAUGGAGGACGUGCCGCUGCUCGAGCCCCUCAUCUGUAAAAAGAUAGCACACGAGAGACUCACCGUACUCAUAUUUUUAGAGGACUGUUUAGUGACUGCAUGUCAGGAGGGAUUUAUUUGCACAUGGGCCAGGCCAGGCAAAGUGGGUUUAUUGUCGUCCCAAAACCAGGCCAGCUCUCCCAGCGGAACAGUAGUAUAG